CUUAUUUUUGCACCACGACGCGACGUUCAUUGCCCAAUCGGGGCGAGAUGCUCUUUCCCGGACUCCAAAGAAUGCUUCAAGUUCGUGCACCAUCUUCACGGGGACUCGUCCCUGGAUUUCGCCACUACUUACGCACUUCACAAGGAAAUGUAGAUCUUCCCCCUCUCCUAGCAACAACAGCGCCAGCCGCCUGGCUAUCUGAGGACGAACUCAGACAAUAUAUCCCUCCUCUGAUACGUGUAGGCUGGUGCCUACGAUGGUCAACCAAGCUCAAAUCCUGUCGACUCUCUUCCGAGUUUCCCGUCGCUGGAUACAAGACUGCUAUGCGGUUCAUGAACGACGUAUCUGAAAUUGCCGAUGAAGAGAAUCAUCAUCCUGAGCAAAUCAGUUUUGCCAACAAACGUCUCAGCAUCUCAGUUCAAACGCAUAGCGCGCUCUCACCGCCUAUCUCUCCUCUGGGGCAAGAUGCGGGUGAGCCUGUGCUGUAUAAGUACCCCGGGGUCACACUUCGUGAUGUGCGUUUCGCGAUGCUCGUUCAAAGGCAAUACAUGGAAAACUAUCAGCCCGAGCCUCGCAAGCCGCGUGAUGCUCCUGAACCUCCGGAAGUGUUGACUGAUGGAUCACUUUUGAGGGGUAUCUUGGAGUGUGCAGGUAUUCCUUAUGCUGCAGAUUAAGCGAAGGUUCAGUGCUCAGGUCUUGUCGCUUGGAUCUCAUGCUGUUUCCUGGGAGUAUAACAAUAUAUUCUCGGUGUCAGUAGGUACAAGAACGCUAGCGCGAUAUUAAAAUGUUCAAAUUCUAAUCUACAUCUGUUGUGCGUGGAUCGACGCCAC